AAGCUUUGGCUCAGACGGGAAGGAGGUUUUCAGGAGAGCCGAGUGGUGAGCCAUGGGUCACGGAGGCAACAAUGUCAUUCCAAAUGUGCACUUCCGAAAAGUCAAUGGCUGCCAGUCUGGUCGCAACAACCGGGUAUUCAUGCGAACUUGGUUGAACCAGGCUGGCCGCAAGAAGCGUCGAGCAAACACUCGCAAGGAAAAGGCAGCCAAGAUCUUUCCUCGUCCAGCUGCAGGAUUGCUUCGUCCGUUGGUGCACCCUCCAACACAACGCUACAACAUGAAGGUGCGAUUGGGCAAAGGUUUCACCUUGGAUGAGCUGAAAGAGGCAAAGAUCCCCAGAAAGUUUGCCAAGACCAUUGGCAUCGCAGUGGACCAUCGCCGUCGCAAUCGAUGUACCGAGAGUCUCCAGGCCAAUGUGGAACGAUUGAAACUUUACAUGUCCAAGUUGCUGCUGUUCCCCAAGAAGUCUGGCGCAAAGGGUGUGAAGAAGGGUGACACCCCGCGAUCAGAGUUGCAGAACGUGGCGCAAAACACCUUGAAGGAGAUCAUUCCAGUGCCAAAACCACAGAAACGCAUCAAGGCACGAGCCAUCACAGAGGAGGAGAAGUCCGAAUCCGCCUACAAGAAGCUGAAGAAAGCACGAACAGCAGCACACUACCAAGGCGAGAGGAUCAAGAAGGCCAAGGAGGCUGCCGCCAAGGAGACCUAAAUGGAGAUGCCUUAAGCUUCAACAGAUCAUUUGGAAAAUACGUGUGUGCCAGAAAAAACAGGAUUGUUAUUAUUGCGUUUGAACGAGGUGUGAAGUGUGUGGGUGAAAUAUGGUGAAAUGAUAUUUACAUGACACAUCAAAACAAUGAUUUCAUCAAAUAAAUCGAAAUUCCAAGGUGAAAGAUUGAAGGGUCAAAUGAUGCUGGAUAUUAUUUUUCGCAAAAGAGGCCUGCAGCCAGGAUCGCAGGUCUCAAGGCUGAAAUGUGGAAACAAGAAUGGCCCGGAAUUUGCAAAAGAUUGAGGAAAUGUAUGGAAAUGUCCCCCUUGUCGAUUCCAGCUGAUUUUGUAACGUACUCAAGCUAAAUCUUGAAAACUAUACGUAUA